AUGGGUUCUCUGUAUAUUUCUAGUAGAUUGUUCUUAAUUCGUCCAUGGUCUCCAUUUAUUGAACAAUAUAUUAGUUCAAUCAGAUCUGUACCUGUAUGGAUGAUAAUUAGAGAUUUGCCAAUUCAUCUUUGGAAUGCUACUGGAUUUGCUAGGAUUUGUAGUCUUGUAGGAACUCCAAUUAUGACUGAUACUCCUACAGCAAUGAAAACUAGAAUGUCCUUUGCUAGAGUUUGUGUAGAAAUUGAUUCAAACUGCACCUUUCCUUCAGAGCUUCCUUAUCAAAUUGAUGACAAAAAGUAUAAGGUGAGGGUUGAAUAUCCAUGGAAGCCUGCUCUAUGUUCUCUUUGUAAGAGUUUUGGGCACUCAAGUGCUAAGUGUGGUUACAAUCCUGCACCUAAGUAA